AGUGAGGAAGGGGGUUGUAAUUUUAGCCCUAGCUUUGCUCCAACACAUAUUGGCGGGAACUUCACCGGCAAAACUCAGCCCUCAACUUUGCUCUUCUCACUGACUAAAUCCACUCUCAAACUCUCCAAAUUUUGCUUCAUCGGCAACCAUAAUGGGGAAGGACGACGAAGAGAUGCGUGGAGAAAUGGAGGAGAGGCUGAUAAACGAGGAGUACAAGAUUUGGAAGAAGAAUACUCCAUUUCUUUACGAUUUGGUUAUUACUCAUGCCCUAGAGUGGCCUUCACUCACUGUAGAAUGGUUGCCUGACCGGGAGGAACCUCCUGGCAAGGAUUACUCCGUUCAGAAGAUGAUUUUGGGGACUCAUACCUCCGAGAAUGAGCCCAAUUAUCUCAUGCUCGCUCAGGUUCAGCUUCCGCUUGAGGAUUCCGAGAACGAUGCGCGUCAUUACGAUGAUGAUCGUGCUGAUGCGGGUGGCUUCGGGUGUGCCAACGGCAAGGUACAAAUAAUCCAGCAAAUAAAUCACGAUGGCGAAGUCAAUAGAGCCCGUUAUAUGCCUCAAAAUCCAUUUAUAAUUGCUACAAAGACUGUCAGUGCCGAAGUUUUUGUUUUUGACUAUAGUAAACAUCCAUCCAAACCACCUCUAGAUGGUACAUGCAAUCCCGAUUUGAGAUUGAGGGGUCACAAUACCGAAGGUUAUGGUUUAUCGUGGAGUAAGUUCAAGCAGGGCCAUUUACUAAGUGGUUCUGAUGAUGCACAGAUUUGUUUAUGGGACAUCAAUGCUACUCCCAAGAACAAAACCCUUGAGGCUAUGCAAAUUUUUAAGGUUCAUGAAGGUGUUGUGGAAGAUGUUGCAUGGCAUCUUAGGCAUGAAUACUUGUUUGGUUCAGUAGGUGAUGACCAAUACCUACUCGUAUGGGAUUUGCGAACUCCUUCAGCUAAUAAGCCCGUACAGUCUGUAGUUGCUCAUCAAAGUGAGGUUAAUUGCUUGGCAUUCAAUCCCUUCAAUGAGUGGGUUGUAGCCACGGGGUCAACUGAUAAGACGGUUAAGUUGUUUGAUCUACGUAAGAUCAGCACUGCACUCCAUACUUUUGACUGUCACAAAGAGGAGGUUUUCCAGGUUGGUUGGAAUCCAAAGAAUGAAACGAUCUUAGCUUCUUGUUGUCUUGGUAGGAGGCUCAUGGUUUGGGACCUUAGCAGGAUUGAUGAGGAGCAGACACCAGAGGAUGCAGAAGAUGGCCCGCCGGAAUUGCUGUUCAUUCACGGUGGUCAUACGAGUAAAAUAUCAGACUUUUCUUGGAAUCCAUGCGAGGACUGGGUGGUUGCUAGUGUAGCUGAAGAUAACAUACUACAAAUCUGGCAGAUGGCUGAGAACAUCUACCAUGAUGAAGAUGAUUUGCCUGAGGAGCCUCCAAAGGCCUCUUAAUGUUUUGUUCUCUGUAUUUUAAGUAUUACUUCAAACUAUUAAAAAUCUUUCAAGGUCUCAUUUUGGUCUUCCAAUCCUCAAUACUCUUUUUCUUCUCCUUGUUCCUCUUACCAUCCCCAUCCUAAAUGGUGUUUUAUGAAUCUGAUUUAUCUUUUUGCUUUUCAGUUCUAAAUAUAAAGAGGCUUUUGAGGCUUUGGAUUGUGGUGAUUCUCACCAUGGCCAUGGAUAUGGAUGGUUAAGAAGGAGAAACUUUGUAGAGCUCGGCGGGAUGUCGUGGAGGCUGAUAGUGUUGGAAGAGAAGAUUAAUAGUGUUGGAUGAGCAAUAGUGAGAGGAUGUGUUGUAGGUGUGUACUUCCUAAAACUUUAGUUCGGUGCCUUAAGUAGUAUACUUGUUCAUUAUUAGGGUUUAUAAUGAUUCACUAUUCACUACUAACUAUUAUGGGAUCAAGAGGCCUUGCAAAGGUAAUUUGUUUAACAA